CUGGGACCCCAACUUUUGAAUAUUUGAAUUUAACCCCCAAAAAACUGAAGAUUGGGUCUCUUUAUCUUCCCAAUCUCCCUCCCUCCUCUAUAUCUGCAACACUCCCAUCGAAAUCCUCAAAAACCCUAAUCCUCCGCCGCCACUUUCCACAACUUCGAGAAUCUCAAUGGCCAAGAAGAAAGGGACGCGUAAGAGUAACGCCACCGUUAACGAUACUCAGCAAAACCACGACGAGAAAGCCGCUACUAAGCUUAUCCGGCAGUCUUCCAUGGAAGAAGACCAAGACCACCACGAGGAGAAGGUCCAGAACCUGAAGUCUCUCAACGCGAUGCUCGUCAAACAGACGGUUGAGAAGCGGCAGCAGAUCGAUUCGCUCGCCAGUGCCAAGAGCGAGCUGGAGACGGAGCUGGCUCGCUACGGCGGCGAGUUGGAUCAGGUUAGCGACGAGAAUCUGGGGCUGAGGAUGGAGCUGGGGUUGGUUAUGGAGUUCGUCGGGUGUAGGUUUAGAGAGAUGGGCGUUGGAGUGGAGAGGUUGGUUAGGGAGAGGGAUGUGAUCAAGAAGGAGGAGGUGAAUAAAUUGAAGGAGAGUGUGGUUGUGCUGGUGGAGAAGGAAGCGAGUUUGGAGAAGGAGAUUGAGGGGUUGAAGAGAGAAAAGAAUGAGAUGGAGAUUGUAAAGAGUGAUCAGAGAGGUGAAAUCGAGGAGCUGGAGAGGAAGUUAGGCGAGGUGAGUGAUACUGUGGAGAGUUUGAGGAAGGAAGAGAAGGUUUUGAGGGGUGUGGUUGUUAGGUUGGAGAAGGAUCUUGAUGAGUCUGUGGAGAAAGAGAGGGUGAUGAUGGUGGAGAUUGAUGUUAUAGGGAAAGAGAAGAUGGUUAAGGAAGCUGAGCUUGAGAGGUUAGUGGAGGAGAAGAGUUUAGUUGAGAAGCAGAUGGAGAUGGUUAAUGUGCAGUGCUUGGAGAAGGAGAAGUUGAUUGACCAGUUGUGUGGGGAGAAGGUUGAGAUCGAGGAGCGUGUUGUUAGUGGGGAGGCAAAGCGUGUUGAGUUGAAUCAAAAGGUUGAUGAGCUAGAGCGUGCUGUUGCUGCGCUGCGAAAGGAUUGUGUUGAUCGAACCGAGACGAAUGAGAAGCUUCAGUGUAAAGUUGGAGAGCUGAGGGAUGCGCUUUGGCAGGUUGAGGUCGAGAGAGAGGAAGCUGGUAAGGCACUUGAUGAGGAGAAGAGACACGGAGAGGUUCUCAAGGCAGAUGUUUCAAAGUCAGAGAAGAUGAUUGAGACAACUCUAGAAGAGCUUGAGAAAGUUAAGAUCGAGCGGGAGAGUUUAUCUACAGCAAAGAAUGAUCUGGAGAAACAAUCCAAAUCAUUGAAAAGCGAAAAGGCUGUCCUGGAAAAGAAGCUUCUAGAGCUCACAAAAGCUAUAGAGUCCGCUGGAAUGGAAGCAAAACGCAGCUUGGUGAUGCUAAAGAGCGCCGCAUCUGCUGUGUCGCAAUCAGAUAGCGAGCAGCAGAAGCAAGAAAACGGAGCAGAAUCAUAUGCCUUGGAGCUAGAAUCAAUAGAGAAAGCGUUCAAGAACAAAGAGAACAUAAUCGAGGAGAUGAAGAAAGAAGCCGAGACAAUGAAGCAGUCAACAGAAGAGGCGCACAAGAAGAAGAGCUUCUGGACAGUUGUUUCCUCCGUAACAACGAUUUUUGCUGCUGCAUCCUUUGCCUACGCCUCUAGAACUCGUUAAGCAUACUGCACACGUCAACAUGCCCAUCUCACUAGAGAUGUUUACUUUUUGCCUUUCAAAUAAUGUUUGUUGUUUAGGUCUCUCAGCAAAGACAACGACUCUAAUAUGAAAUAUAAUAAUCUUUCUCCUGA